CCACCUCGUUGAUUGCGAAGGGAUCCUAUUAUUCGGAGUAGUCUCACACCUAGAGACACAUCGGACCACCUACCAGGUGAUUAGACAACGUACAAGAUGGUCCUUUCAGAUCUUGGCCGGCGCAUCAACGCCGCGGUAUCAAACCUCAACCGCGAACCCAAUCUAGACGAGAAAGCCUUCGAUUCCAUGAUCAAAGAGAUAUGUUCAGCACUAUUAUCAGCAGAUGUCAAUGUCCGACUAGUCAAGAACCUACGGAAAUCGAUACAGAGUACCGUCAACUUCAAAGACCUUCCGCCGCACACAACCGCGAACAGCAAAAAGCGACUGAUCCAACAGGCUGUCUUUGAUCACCUUGUUCAACUCGUCGACCCUCAUGCCGAGCCAUACAAAGCGAAGAAAGGAAAGUCCAAUGUUAUAAUGUUUGUUGGUCUACAGGGUGCUGGCAAGACGACGACGUGUACGAAGUUGGCAAGAUACUACGCACAAAGAGGGUUCAAGUCCUGUCUAGUGUGCGCUGAUACAUUCCGUGCUGGAGCGUACGACCAAUUGAAGCAAAAUGCAACGAAAGCAAAGAUACCAUACUAUGGCUCAUUGACGCAGACAGAUCCAGCUGUCGUUGCUGCCGAGGGUGUUGCGCGGUUCAAGAAGGAGAAGUUCGAGAUCAUCAUUGUGGACACGUCGGGUCGUCACAAGCAGGAGGCAGAUCUGUUCGCCGAGAUGGUACAAGUGCAGAAUGCCAUCAAGCCUGAUCAGACGAUUAUGGUGCUGGACGGGACGAUAGGCCAAGCGGCGGAAGCACAGUCAGCGGCGUUCAAGCAGACGGCUGAUUUUGGCGCUAUCAUCAUCACAAAGACAGACGGUGGAGCGUUGGGAGGUGGUGCUAUAUCAGCUGUUGCAGCUACACAUACACCAGUCGCCUUUCUGGGUACCGGAGAGCAUAUGACUGACUUGGAACGAUUUGCGCCGAAGCCUUUCAUCUCCAAAUUGCUCGGAUAUGGCGACAUGUCGGGAUUGAUCGAACAUCUUCAGACAAUUACCAGAGAGUCGGCAGGCAUGAAGGAGACGCAGAAGCAUCUGGCCGAGGGUAUCUUCACGAUUCGAGAUAUGAAGGAGCAGAUUUCCAAUAUAUUAAAAAUGGGACCGAUGUCGAAAGUCGCGAGUAUGAUUCCUGGUCUCAGCAAUAUGAUGGGUGGGAUGUCCGACGAGGACGGUCAAGAAAAAAUCAAACGAAUGAUCUACAUCUUCGACAGCAUGACGGCGAAGGAGCUCGACUCGGACGGCAAGAUCUUGCUCUCGCAGCCCACCAGGAUUACUCGUAUUGCCUGCGGGAGCGGAACCAGUGUCCGAGAUGUCGAGGAACUUCUGACGCAGCACAAAGUCAUGUCAGGGCUCGCCAAAAACUUCGGUGCGCAGAAAAAGAACAUGGCCAAGGCUCAAGCGAUGCUGCAAGGUGGGAACAAGCAGCAGCAGAUGGCUGCAAUGCAGAAAAGGGCUCAGGCCAUGGGUAUGGGACGUGGCAUGCCUGGUGGGGACAUGGGAAAGCUAAUGGAGAUGAUGGGGUCCAUGGGAGGUGCUGGUGGCAUGAAUAUGCAAGAUAUGAUGAAGAAUUUCGGUGGGGGCAUGGGUAAUAUGUUUGGUGGAAGAGGUCGAGGCAGAUAAGGCGGGACUCAAUCAUCGCCAACGUCUCGUGAAAAGGCGAUUCUUGCAUGGAGAUUCCCAUCGCCGGCACCUCAUGAGCGACUCUCUGAAGGCUACACAGAUCGCCCGAGAAAACUUCGCCGCCUCGACUGAGUGUCCAACCACGGCUACUUCUUAACGUCCUUACAUUGUCGUUGGCGACGGACAGUGGAGUCCUGUCAGGAGUCCAUUGGCCGGCAGCUGAAGAUCAGCGUCCGAGAUCUACCAGACGAGGAAGGACCAUGCCCAAGAUACGCCAUGGCGAUGCUUCUGACAUGGAAUGCCGGACUCGAUCGUCGUAUAGCCAAAGGCUUGUCCAUCCAGACACCCCAGCUACUGAGAAUCAUUGGGCGCAUACGGUCUUGAGUGACCAGUGGCUUAAGGAAGUGGGCCAGGAAGUCAGAGAAGGACCUGAAUGUCCGUAGCUGCCGACUCCGGGGAGAACAACUUCUGUGCUUUGUUAGAAAGUUACAGAAUGCAGUAUGCGCACAGUGUAUCAAAGCAUGCCUGAAUCACUCUCAUGCGCCGCGCGGCGCAAGCAUGCUGUGGAUUCUGAGCUGUCUUCAUGCUGGCCUGGGAUAGUUACUGUUCAAUCUAG